GCGGUGUCUCGAGCUAAUCUCAGCCACUCUCUCCUGGACACGGCAAGCUCUGUCGAAGGUCGAUGGAGUGCACCUGAGGCUGGAACGGCUGAACAGAUGAAACUGGACCACCAAGCGCCGUCGCCAUCGCAGACAACCGCCCUCCAUGAUUCGGCCGCCCUACAGCCCAGUGGAGCCCAUCAACACCUUCUGGAAGGCUUCUCUCUCCCUCCCCCGAUGGGCGUCUUGGCAGCAUACAUGGACGCAUUCCUCCUCCACCACCACCAGCACAGCCCGCCAUGUUCAGUUCAGCAAGCCACGUUCACUUGCUUGCGGCCUGCAACCUCAGAUCGGGGCCAACCUAGGUGGGCAGCUCCGCAGCUCUUGCAUCGUCGACCCCGAGUAGGCUAUCGUGGUCAUAGGCAGGCAUGCAUGCGUGCAUGCCCUUGGUUUUGGCUGAGGCCAUACCGCGUCGUCAAGCUGACUUGCCCCUGGCAGCAAGGUGUCACAGCCACGAUUCCUACCCCAGGCCCGAAAAGCAAGACUUUUACGAAAUGCACACGCCCUUGCUCCUGCAUACAACCAAGAUUGCGCUUAUCACGAUGAUGCCUCAGAAGUCAUAGUCAUUUCUGCAGCAGGUGUCGGCAGCAACCGCGCUCGCUCAUCUCCGGAGUCAAGCACGCC